GGCCGCUCACGCACGCACACUCGCUUGCUCGCUCGCUCGCUCACAGACUCGCACACCCCCUGCGCAGGCACCUGGCUGCCCGGAGCUUAGAAAAGCAGCGCGUCUAGGGGAAAGGAGGGUUGAAGCGGCCGCUCCCCCCCCAUACACCCGCUCUCGCUGACCACUCCCCCUCCUGCCCCCUCCUAGCAGCUCACCCCUCGCGCUCCGGAGGCAGCCGCCAGUGUGGGUGCUCCGAGGCCGGCUCCGCUCGCCUCUGCCUGCUCCUCUGCUCUCGGCUCCCCACCCCCUCUCCCUCCCCUCCCCUCCUCUGCAGCGCCCGCAUUAUCUUCUGCCCGCCAGCUCGGCUUGCACCGGUGCUGCAGCCCGAGGAGAGCUGGUAACUUGUUGUGCGGAGCGAGCGGCGGCACCAUCCAGGCGGGCACCAUGGGCACGUCCGCGCGCUGGGCGCUCUGGCUGCUGCUCGCGCUGUGCUGGGCGCCUCGGGAGAGCCGCGCCACCGGAGCGGGAAGAAAAACCAAAUGUGAACCAUCCCAAUUCCAGUGCGCGAACGGCCGCUGCAUCACGUUGUUGUGGAAGUGUGACGGGGACGAAGACUGUGCUGACGGCAGCGACGAAAAGAACUGUGUGAAGAAGACGUGUGCCGAGUCAGACUUUGUUUGCAACAAUGGCCAAUGUGUCCCCAGCCGGUGGCAGUGUGACGGAGAUCCCGAUUGUGAAGACGGCUCUGACGAAAGCCCAGAACAGUGCCAUAUGAGAACAUGCCGCAUUAAUGAAAUCAGCUGUGGCGCCCACUCCACUCAGUGUAUCCCCGUGUCCUGGAGAUGUGACGGUGAACACGAUUGUGACAGUGGAGACGAUGAAGAGAACUGUGGCAACAUCACGUGCAGCCCCGAUGAGUUCACUUGCACCAGUGGCCGCUGCAUCUCCAGGAACUUCAUCUGCAACGGCCAGGACGACUGCAGCGAUGGCAGCGAUGAGCUGGACUGCGCACCCCCGACGUGCGGCGCCCACGAGUUCCAGUGCAGCACCUCCUCCUGCAUCCCGCUCAGCUGGGUGUGUGACGAUGAUGCCGAUUGCUCCGACCAGUCCGAUGAGUCCCUGGAGCAGUGUGGCCGCCAGCCGGUGAUGCACACCAAGUGUCCGGCCAGCGAGACCCAGUGCGGCUCGGGCGAGUGCAUCCACAAGAAGUGGCGGUGCGACGGGGACCCAGACUGCAAAGACGGCAGCGACGAGGUCAACUGUCCUUCACGCACCUGCCGACCUGACCAAUUCGAGUGUGAGGACGGAAGCUGCAUCCACGGCAGCAGGCAAUGCAACGGGAUCCGAGACUGUGUGGACGGUUCUGAUGAAGUCAACUGCAAAAAUGUCAAUCAGUGCCUGGGCCCAGGCAAGUUCAAGUGCAGAAGUGGGGAAUGCAUAGAUAUCAGUAAAGUAUGUAACCAGGAGCAGGACUGCAGGGACUGGAGUGACGAGCCCCUCAAAGAAUGUCAUGUAAACGAAUGCCUGGUUAAUAACGGUGGCUGUUCUCACAUCUGCAAGGACCUAGUUAUAGGGUACGAGUGUGACUGUGCAGCUGGGUUUGAACUGAUAGAUAAGAAAACCUGUGGAGAUAUCGAUGAAUGCCAAAAUCCGGGAAUCUGUAGCCAAAUUUGUAUCAACCUAAAAGGCGGUUACAAGUGUGAAUGUAGUCGGGGAUAUCAGAUGGAUCUUGCCACUGGCGUGUGCAAGGCAGUAGGUAAAGAACCAAGUUUGAUCUUCACUAAUCGAAGAGACAUCCGAAAGAUUGGCUUGGAGAGGAAAGAAUACAUCCAACUAGUUGAACAGCUAAGAAACACAGUGGCUCUUGAUGCGGAUAUUGCUGCUCAGAAGUUGUUCUGGGCUGAUCUAAGCCAAAAGGCCAUCUUCAGUGCCUCAAUUGAUGACAAGGUUGGUAGACAUGUUAAAAUGAUCGACAAUGUCUAUAAUCCUGCAGCCAUUGCUGUUGAUUGGGUGUACAAGACCAUCUACUGGACAGAUGCGGCUUCUAAGACUAUUUCAGUAGCUACCCUAGAUGGAGCCAAGAGGAAGUUCCUGUUUAACUCUGACUUGCGGGAGCCAGCCUCCAUAGCUGUGGACCCACUGUCUGGCUUUGUUUACUGGUCAGACUGGGGAGAACCCGCUAAAAUAGAAAAAGCGGGCAUGAAUGGAUUCGAUAGACGGCCUCUGGUGACCGUGGAUAUCCAAUGGCCUAAUGGAAUUACCCUUGACCUUAUAAAGAGCCGUCUCUAUUGGCUUGACUCCAAGCUGCACAUGUUGUCCAGCGUGGAUUUGAAUGGCCAAGAUCGUAGGAUUGUCCUAAAGUCUCUGGAGUUCCUAGCUCAUCCUCUCGCACUAACCAUAUUUGAGGAUCGUGUCUACUGGAUAGAUGGGGAAAAUGAAGCCGUCUAUGGGGCCAACAAAUUCACUGGAUCAGAGCUGGCCACUCUCAUUAACAACCUUAAUGAUGCCCAAGACAUCAUUGUCUAUCAUGAACUUGUACAGCCAUCAGGUAAAAAUUGGUGUGAAGAAGACACGGAGAAUGGAGGAUGUGAAUACCUGUGCCUGCCAGCGCCACAGAUUAAUGAUCACUCCCCAAAAUACACCUGUUCCUGUCCCAACGGGUACAAGCUAGAGGAAAAUGGCCGAGAAUGCCACAGUACUGCAACUACUGUGACUUACAGAGAGACAAAGGGCAUCAGCACAAUAGAAAUUUCGCCAACUAGUGGACUAGCUCCUGGAGGGAUCAAUGUGACCACAGCCGUAACGGAGGUCACUGUUCCUCCCAAAGGCACUUCCGCUGCCUGGGCCAUCCUUCCUCUCUUGCUCUUGGCAAUGGCAGCAGUAGGUGGCUAUUUGAUGUGGCGGAAUUGGCAGCAUAAGAACAUGAAAAGCAUGAACUUUGACAAUCCUGUGUACUUGAAGACUACGGAAGAGGACCUGUCAAUAGACAUUGGUAGACACAGUGCUUCUGUUGGACACACGUACCCAGCAAUAUCAGUUGUAAGCACAGAUGAUGAUCUAGCUUGACUUCUGAGAUGAGUCUUGACCUUUGAGGUCUAAACCAAUACUCCCCCCCACUUCGGAAUGGUAACCGAGCCAACGCCUGAAGGCUUUCUUCCUCCAGUCUGGAAGGACAUCAAGAUACCCUUUACAUGGAUCAAGCUUGUAUACUUGACCGUUUUUAUAUGACUUUUGUAAAUAUUCCCACCCACAUUCUACUUCAGCUUUGGAUGUGGUUACCAAGUACCUAACCCUUGAGUUUCUAGACAGUAUUGCCGCAUCUGGCCAAAUAUGCACUUUCCCUAGAAAGCCAUAUUCCAGCAAUGACACUUGUGCUAUAGUGUAUGCCACUUGUACAUACAUUGUAUAGGCCAUCUGUAAAUAUCCCGGCAAACAAUCACUAUUCUUAAGCACUUUGAAAAUAUUUCUAUGUAAAUUAUUGUAAACUUUUUUCAAUGGUUGGGACAAUGGCAAUAGGAUAAAACGGGUUACUAAGAUGAAAUUGCCAAAAAAAUUUGUAAACUAAUUUUGUACGUAUGAAUGAAAUCUUUGACCUCAGUGGAGGUUUGCAAAGACUGAGUGUUCUAACUACUGUACAUUUUUUUUCAAGUGCUAAAACAAUUAAACCAAGCAGCUUACCCACGGUUUGUGCCUAUUCCUCUAGGAUAAACUUCUGUAAAUGACCUGAGUAGUAUCAAGCAUUCUAACGGAACUAUAGGAGCUAGAUGAUAUAUAUCUUGAUGUUGUAUAACUAAGCCUAGAAUUUGGCUAGUUUCUCUUACAAACAAGUACUAAGAGAACAAGGUACCACUUCAUAUUUGUUCCCCAGUUAUUGAUUUUGUAAAAGAAGUUGACUUAGCUGGUACCUAGAAUGCCUCUUGUUUAGGGGAAAGUUUCUUUUCUCAUUACUUUGUUUCCUGACCUAGAAACCUAUGCUAAGAUUUCUAGCAAUUCUGCUUCUUGAUGCUUAAGUCUCUGUUUUCUGUGUUCUGUCAUUAUAUGUAGCUCCAGGGCAAGGGCCUUCUUGCCCUCCAGCUAAGUGUGUUCUGCUUUUAGAAGUGUACACGGUCUACCAUGAAGAAGGCUGGAGAGGUAACAUUUAGUGCCAUUCGUGAACAACCUAACGUAAUGGUUCUCAGUGGGGUUAGCAUCUCUAUCCUCUGAGAACUUGUUAAAAAUCCAAGUUCUCAGCCCCCUUCCCAGACCUGCUGAAUGAAAAGCUAUGAGCUCCAGGAAUGUGUUUCCGCAAGUCCCUCAGGUGAUUCUGAUAUAAGCUAACACUUGAAAACCACUGUUCCAAUGUGACUUCUUGGAGAAUCUGCAGUACCUGCUAAUUUUUCAGGCUUGCUGGCAGAGAUUCCUUCUAUGAACGAUGUCUGAAAUGUUUAGUAUGAAGGGCAAAUAAGGCAUUUGGUUGGAAGAAAAAGUUGCAUGUGGCUCUAGUAAGUUUUCCAUCAUAUUGGCCAUUGCCCCCUUUCUCUCAUGUCUCAGAAUAUGGGCAAGCAAGGGAAGACAGGAGGCCUGAAGCCCUGGGAAGAUGCUCAAAUUCCAAAAUGAGGUGGGGAGUCUCUGCAGAGAAGGUAGGAUUCCUUUUGGGAUUAAAUGACCAAUGCAAGAGCCAAGAGGAUGAAGAGAUGUUGUGAGUAGUUAAACGGAUCAGGAGAUGACUCCUAUUCCACGUGUAUGUGGAAUAUAAGUAAGGCAGUUGACACCUUGCUUGCAGCUUAGGCAGAGAUCAACAAUCCUAGAUGAAGUUGCUUCUGCCAUGUUGUUUAAUAGAUACCUGUUGUAAUUUUGGUCAAACAGAUCAAAGUGAAAGGCAUGGGCUUUUGUUGGGGGGGGUUGGGGGGGUAUGCAAGUCACAAUAUAGAAGGAAGAGGCUAUAGCUGUGAAGGUAGGACUCCUCUGUUAUCCACCUGUUCCUUCCUCUUCAAAUAGUAAUUACACUAAACAGGAUGUAGUCUACUGAUGUAGGGUAUGUAAAGUGCCCAUGUGAUUAGUAGGUUGGCAUUCAUCGUAUCUGACCUCUGAAGGCCAUGGGGUUGACUGGUACUUUGACCGUAUGCUACAAAACCCACUGAUUUAUUUUUUUAAUUAGAGCAAUCCAAAGUUCCCUCCUAGGAACCCUAAAAAUACCAGUGUUUUUCCCCAUUCCAAGGACUAUAUAUUGUGAAUCAACACUAAGGCCCAAAGACAUAGUUUUUAAAAAUAAAAUCAAGCAUUAUUCUCCAUCAUCUUCUCUUAGAUUCCAGUCCCUCCUGUGUUCUUUUAGGUUCUAAGUCCCAGUCUCCAACCUUCUAAGAGUCUAAAGUACCUCCUUCUUUUACCUUGGCCUACCCCCCAGAAGUAGCCAAGGACAGAAACUCUAACUUAAGGACUGAAGAAAUGAAGUAACUAUGUAUUUCUGUUGAACUAAGAAUAGUUAAUAUGGCUUGUCAAUUCAGCAUGUAAUAAUAGUUCAUGGAUAAUGAGCCUUGGGCUUCAGUACCCAAUUAAGAGCUGUAACAAUCCUACAUGAAACAUAUUGGCAUAAGAUUGCUAUAUCUGGAGAGUUUACUAUAGAAGGUGAGAAUUAAGAGGUAAAAUAGGAAACUUAACAGUGAAGGAGGAUGUUUGGAGUUAAGUGAGUCGUACAAAGUCACUCAAAGUGAGUCCUCCAGAGACUUUAGGAAUUGCUGCGAAGAUUGGCAAGAGAUGAGUAAAGAUAUGUGGCCCCUGGUGAAGAAAUCCAUCGGAGUCCCUGGGUCCAAAUUUUUAAGUGGCCUUUGCAAGCUCUCUAUUUGGCAAGAAGGUACUCCAGUUGUUCAGCCAGCUCCCUUAAGACAUUCUUAUGGCUAUUUUAAAGCCGCAGCAUCAUCUUCAAGCCUCCAGUGUUCUAUUCUUGAUGAACAUGAGGAGAGGGAAAAGAAAAAAAGGACUUCAACUUUGGCACUUACUUCUGUUCCUUAUAUCUUUGGAAGUCAGAUAGCCCUUCUCAAAAAAUGAAAAGACAGGCUUUUAACAGCAAAACUAUAGGGCAUUUAAAGAACUAACUCUUCAGUUUAAUGCUGCGAAAUGAAGUAUAGCUUUGAACUCUCCUCACCUCCAAAGCACAAGAUUCUGGAGUGUUCUGUGUCAUUAGUCUAAGUAGAGGAAUAUCCUAGAAUUCUUACCUAGUGAAGAGGUUUAUUCUUAUGAACCCAAACGGAAGCCAGAACCCUUGAUUUGAGUGGGAGGGAGACGUGCAAAGAGCAUACGCACUUUUGCUGUGAGAACUUAGGUCCGAGAACCUAGACUACAACCUGAUCAUCUCAACCACGGAGUCUGAGCUUCUUGGUUUCAUAAGCAACCAGCCUCUUUGGAAAAAUUGAGAAUGAUUUGAUGAACAUUUCAGCCACAUCACCAACCUCAACUGUGGAGGUUCAGGAAUAUGUAGAAGUAGAAAAAGUCUCCAAAGAUGCCUUGUACAAAUAUAGGAGAAACGAAUCUGAAGCUACAACAAUGGUAUUUUGGGGACUUAUUUCUCUCACGUUAAGCAUGGAGCUUUUCCAAGUCAAAACAGCUUCACAUGAGGGAAAGUAAGCCUUCUCUGUAUAUACGUCAUCCUUGUCUGCUUUCACAGAUCAAAAGCUGAACGCGAGUUAGCAGCGAGGUCCUGGUCAUGAUUUGGAGGUCUGUAGAUAAGCUAUUAAGGAACAGAUGACAGGAGUGUCUCAUCUCUCUACUGUGUCUCCCAUAUCCAUUGAGCAUUUCUGACCCCAGCUCGUUCGAGAAACAGGAACCAAGUGGGACCACCGACUGACAGUCUCCCUGUAAAACUUCUAGCCAUGGUCUCAAAAGGAAGACAAGAUAGGCUGAAGGUGGGUUGUAGGCUCUGUAGGGGACCCUCGGCACAUCAUCAAUAGUUUUCUUCUUUGCUUUGCUUAAGGAGAAAGUCCUAGAUUGGCAGCCAGGAGGUUCACCAGCACUGACUGCGGUGUCGGUCUUGAUGUGGUAGUUUGGGCCAGCUGCUGAUCCCCUCUGGAAAUGGCCCUGAUGCAGACUGCAUUGCUAUGCCAUGGUGACAGUUACGAGAGAACACAUGGAAGGGUCAACAUGGUGUCCGGCAUGUAGUGGGUGCAAGGCGAGCGCUCCUGCUGGAGAACACUCUGGAUGCUAUGCCUCUAUUUAUUCAUUGUGGAACCAUCUAGAAACUGCCAAGUGACUUUACCAGUGAGAGUUACAGGAACUUGACUCAUUAAUGAGCCUAACGUGCAUUAGAUUGUCCCAACUGGUUCCCACUACACCUGUCUGAUGAGAUCCAGGUGUGACAUUCAGGUGGCGGUAUCACCCUCAUGUAAUUAAAAAGGUUUCGAGGCUUAUAUGACUUAAAUCCUAGAAAUGGAGCUGGUGUGUUUCUGCCUCAACUUUUUUACUUUACUGCCUGGUAUGUGGAAAUGAGUUUUUGAUGUCCCGCACAGUGUUUGGAUGGCAGCUAACACACUUGGAAUCUCCUUUAACUUCUUACCAUGUGCUUAAUAAUAGGCUAGAUUGAUGCUGGCCUGUAUUUUAUUUGAUCUUCAUCACAACCUGGAAAAGUCAAUGUCUCUUAUAGAUGUGAAAACUGGGGCCACAGGUAACAGCAGAUUCCAAACUCUACGUGCCUACUGCCAUUGCCUUCCCAGAAAAGGAGACAGGGCUGCGUAGAGUUUAAGAUGGAUGUCACACUACAUGUUUGCUGAGUCCCCUUGACUGUUGAUGUUCGGGUCCUCCAGCAGUUUGUCAGGUGUCUCAGAUGCCCCUAAUGGCCGCCAUCCAAUAUGGCAGCACACCAAAAGUAGAACACUAGCACUACAUCAGGCCAGCACAGAGGAAUACUGUUAUGUGCUAUGCGCCAAGAUGCCAGAAGGUCCAGAAUUAUUUUCCUUGGCCAUCUCUACGAAAUAGAAGUAGAUUAGCGGAUUGCCAUGUGAAAGGCAAAGAUUCCCUGAAGGAAUUGAUGGACGUGCAACAUCCCUCCUGUGUAUAAAGACACUGGAGCAAACAAGCUCUACCACAACCUAUCAGACAUUGUAAGGUUCUCGCAAGGAAAGACAUGCCCAGGAAGGUAGGAAGAACGGUGACUUGGGUCAACUGACUGACGGAUCUUAGGUCUUCUGGAAUCUACCCCUGAGACCUAGGUUUUUCCCAAUUUAUACACAGGCCCUGGGGAAAAGAAUUCUUUGAAAAAAAAAUGACUGGCUUUGAAAAAAAACUAUCUUGCCCCUUCUAAAAUGUCACUUGAUACCAAAAUAUGAUUUAAGAGCAUGUAAUGCCUCGGGAGUCCAGAGCAUGAAACAAGAUUCUAACGCUCAGGAUCUUUAACUACUAGAGUCACAUGUUGGAAACACAUCCAGUCCUGCUGACCUGUAGAUAAGCAUUUUCCCUUUAUUAAUAAACUGUACAUGUAACUGAAAUAAAAGUUUAUUUUUGAGAUAA